AUGGUGAUAUAUCCAAAAAGACAUGGCCCUGAAAUGGUGAUCUAUCCAAAAAGACAUGGGCGUGAAAUGGUGAUCUAUCCAAAAAGACAUGGGCGUGAAAUGGUGAUCUAUCCAAAAAGACAAAUGGGCGUGAAAUGGUGAUCUAUCCAAAAAGACAUGGGCGUGAAAUGGUGAUCUAUCCAAAAAGAUAUGGGCGUGAAAUGGUGGUCUAUCCAAAAGACAUGGGCGUGAAAUGGUGGUAUAUCCAAAAAGACAUGGGCGUGAAAUGGUGGUAUAUCCAAAAAGACAUGGGCGUGAAAUGGUGA